AUGUUUAAACAUUAUAAAAACACUGUUAACAAAAUUAUGAAUUCUAAACAUGAAAAUGAAAGUUUUGUGUCAACAGGAUCAGAUAAGAAUUGCGAAGAGGAAAAUUCCUCUUUGUUGCAAAACAAUGACACUGUAGGAAUAAAUAAGAAGAAAACGAAAAAAUCUAACAAUGAUACCAAGAAAUAUAAAUAUUAUGAAAACUUUUUUAAUAAAAAGAGAAAUAAAAAAUGGAAUUAUUUUAUCAUAUUUUUUCUGGGAAUAUGUUUCGGUUUUGCCAUAUGGCCAUUCUUUAUGACCAUAAUUACAUAUAAACUAUUUUACAAAGACAAUUUUAACAAUUCCAAUUUUACAACAAGUAACACUUCAGCAUCCUUGAGGCCGUAUGGAAAUGAUAAAAAUAAAAAAGGUGAUAAUGGGAAAGUAUCCAUAAAAGAUCAAACACAGAAAAAUUCCUCCCCACAUUUCAGACCUAUAAGAUUCGAAGAAAUAGCUGGAAUAGACGAAUCAAAAUUAGAACUCCUUGAGGUUGUAGACUUUAUAAGAAACAGAGAAAGGUAUCAAGAAAUGGGAGCAAGAAUGCCUAAAGGAGUAUUAUUAGUUGGUCCCCCAGGGUCAGGAAAAACUAUGUUAGCAAGAGCUGUAGCAACAGAAGCCAAUGUUCCUUAUAUUUAUACAUCAGGACCUGAAUUUAUAGAAAUAUAUGUAGGUCAAGGUGCAAAGAGAAUAAGACAAUUAUUUUCCCAUGCAAGAUCUGUUGCUCCAUCAAUUGUUUUUAUUGAUGAAAUUGAUGCCAUAGGAGGGAAGAGAAGUUCUGGUUCUGUGAAUGGUGCAGGGCAAAGGGAACAUGAUCAAACCCUCAACCAAUUGCUAGUUGAAAUGGAUGGAUUCAGCAACACUGUACACAUUAUGGUAAUAGGUGCUACUAACAGAAUUGAUACAUUAGAUAGUGCUUUACUUCGCCCAGGUAGAUUUGAUCGAAUCGUUUAUGUACCUUUACCUGAUGUAAAUGGUAGAAAACGAAUUUUAGAAAUUUAUAUCAAAAAAAUAAAAAGUGAUUUAAAAUCGGAAGAUAUUGAAAAGAUAGCUAGAUUAACUCCAGGCUUUUCUGGGGCGGACUUAGAAAAUGUAGUAAAUGAAGCAACCAUAUUGGCUACAAGAAAUAAAAAAAGUGUUGUUAGUAUUGAUGAAUUAUUUGAAGCUAGAGACAAAGUUUCUAUGGGUCCUGAAAGAAAAUCACUUAGACAAUCUGAACAUCAGAGAAGAAUUACAGCUUAUCACGAAGCGGGUCAUGCCAUUGUUGCUUACUUUCUUCAACCCAAAACAGAUCCCAUACAUAAAGCUACGAUUAUUUCCAGAGGUAAUGCCCUCGGGUAUGUAGAACAAAUACCAGUGGACGACAGACAUAAUUAUUUUAAAAGCCAAAUGGAAGCAAAAUUAGCCGUAUGUAUGGGAGGUAGAACUGCAGAAGAAAUCGUUUUUGGAAAAUCCGAAACUAGUAGUGGUGCAUCUAGUGACAUUUCUAGGGCUACCGAAAUUGCAUACAAAAUGGUAACAGAAUGGGGAAUGUCUGAUAAGUUAGGACCAUUAAAUUAUAAAAAAAGAAUGGGAGAUGGAUAUUCUUCAAACAGGUUAUCAGCUCAAACUAUUUCUACCAUAGAAGUAGAAGUAAAAGCUCUAGUAGAAAAGGGUAAAAGUUUAUCUGAAGAAAUAUUAAGAAGGCACAGAAAAGAAUUGGAUAAUUUAGCCUUUGCAUUGCUCGACAAAGAAACAUUAUCAGGAGAAGAAAUAAAAAAAAUUAUAGAUCCCAACAAUACGAGGGGUUAUUCAGACACUGUACAUCUUCUAAGUAAGGAUACGAAAGCAGAUACAUCUAGCAGUUCUGACAAUAACAAAAAGGAGAAGAAUUCAUCAGAUAAUGAACAGAUUAAUGAUAAGAAUCAUAUGGAUCAGAAUACACCGAAUAACCGAAUCCGAAUUAUUGAUACGCAUGGGAAUAGAGAAAAGGACAUUAUUAAAAACAAGGAACAAUGGGAAAAGAAUAAGAACGAAGUAAGUCUUACGAGUGGAGUUAAAAAUACUAAUAAUGAUGAUUUGCAUGAAGGAAAAGGUAAAAAGAAUGAAAAGUAUGAAAGGAAGAAUAACGAAAAUAAUGUUUUUAUGGAUAAUAGCAAAAUAGAAAUCAUAAGGAAGAACGCCAAAAACGCUACUAAAAAGAUAAAGAAGAAAUACGCCAAAGAUGCGAAUGUUAAAAAUAGUAAAAUACUGAAAACUGUAAAUGAGCAUAAAUCAUAUGAUGCUGAUAGAAAGGUAGAUGAGCAAAAUUUUGAAAAUAAAAAUGGCCCAUCGAGCAAAUCAGAUAAACACAGCUGCCCGAAGGGGCAUCCCCGAGAUAGUAACAAUAGCAACAAUGUCGUUAAAAACACAAAUGAACUUUUUAAUAAAGAAUUUUCAGAAGAAAAAAAUAAAAAUGAAAAUCUUGAUUUUGUAAAAACUAAAGAAAUAACUUUUAACAAUUUCAAUGAGGUAGUAGAUACGUCGAACAUUAAAAAUGCUAAUGAAAUGAAGAAAUUUAACAUUUUUGAACACAACUUAUCUAAAUUAUUUCUCUUUGACAUUUUUAGCAGCUAG